CUUCCAGGAACCCCACACCCAUAGUGGACGUUUUGACAACCCGGAUCAGUCUUUUGGACAAUGAUCUUGUGAGUGUUGUUCGUGAAAAACGAAAAUCUCCAAUGUCGAUGAUAUUUUCUUUUAGCUUUUGAAGUGCAUUCGGAUCGGUGUUAAGUGUGGUUACUAAAAAUGAGUGGUUAUGGCCGUAGAAGAAGUCGAAAUAUUAACCACAUCAAUGUUUGUGUCAAAUAUACCAUUUUCUUCUUCAACUUUGUGUUUUGGCUUCUUGGUGGUAUAUUUGUUGGAGUUGGACUUUAUGCAUUCUUUGAAAAAUGGAAGGGCACAGGCUACAGUCUGGUCUUGAACGCUGAGCAAAUGAUUCUCGAUAUUUCUAUCAUCAUGCUUAUUGUUGGUUUUGUCAUGUUCACUGUGAGUUUUGCUGGCUGUGUUGGGGCUCUGAGAGAGAACUCCUGUCUUCUCAAAUUUUACUCUGCUUGCCUGUUAUUGUUUUUCAUAGCUGAACUGGCCUUGGCUACACUUGGAUUUGUUUUUCCACAGAAAGUCACAGGAGUAUUAGAAAAACACUUAACUUCCAAACUCAUAGAAUUCUACAGGGAGGAUCCUGAUCUCCAGAACAUAAUUGAUUUUACCCAGCAAGAAUUCAAAUGUUGUGGCUUGAGCCAAAGUGGAUACUUGGACUGGUCUCAGAAUGAAUACUUUAACUGCACAAAAACCAACCCUUCUGUUGAAAGAUGUGCUGUGCCCUUUUCAUGUUGCAGGAAUCCUGCAGACAUCAAUACUGGUCUGAUCAACGUGAUGUGCGGUUACGAGGCCCAACAACUUACAGAGCUUGAAGCCGCAAAGAAAAUCCACAUUAGCGGUUGUAUUUCUAUCAUAGAAAUGUGGGUGUAUGGAAAUCUCUAUAUAAUAGCGGGCAUAGCCACAGUCGUGGCUUUUGCGCAGCUUUUCGUGAUUUUCUUGGCGAGAACCCUUGAGGGACAGAUUCAACGGCAGAAGUCAUUAUGGAUGCGCUGAAUUUUACGUAAGGCGCCAGUUCUCUGAUUUCAAAGAUCAUGGUCAACAGAACAAACACCCUAUUUUCGGUCAUACCUUCUAUAAAAUCAUGUUUGCUUUAUUCGCGUGUUUGUCGUGCAUGUGAUACUGCCUCUCUUGGCGCCAGAGAACUCCGUAGCAUUCUCAUGAUGUAAUUUUCAUCGUUCAAGUUUCGUUUAGCAGAAAUAAGGAAGAUCACUUUUUCUAAUAAAAAAUAUAAAUAAAAAAAA